CGAAGCCCACAAUACCAAAUUAAUUGAGUCUCAAAUAUUAAAAAUUCACCCACUUAUUUAUUGAAAGCGAUGAUAAUAUGACACAACGUGCCAUUAUUAUUAAAAAUUAUUAUCAAGAAAUUGAGAACAGAUAAAAUUUGUGUGUGUGUAAUUUAUACCUCUCCGUAUUAUGAUCUAUUCAACUGUGUAACGUUUCCAUGGGACGAAUAAUGUGCAGUGAUAUAUAACAUGGAUGCUAUAUUUUAAGCGUCCGGCCGUUUAAGCUACGCGCUAUAUGGAUGCAAUGGGCGUCCAACACAAAACGAAACAAGUCAACCAUUUUCUUCUUAAUAUAAGAAAUCACAGCCGUGGCACAAAAAGUCGUAAGUGCAUAUAAAAUACAUUCUUGUUUACAGUUCAUUACUCUGAGUUCUUUUUGUGAUGGUGCCCUUCUAAAACAAUGUAAAAUGUGUUCUUUCGGCAUGCUGACGAGCGGUGAGUGGGUGUGUGACGUUAUUAGAACAUCCGCACUGCAAUAAUAACGAAAGUGACACGCAGCCUUCCCUCAAGAAAGUGAGAGGAGAGGCCAGCAAUUAAGGUAAAGGCCCGCCUGUAUCUAGAACAUGAAUAAUAUUUUAUCAUGUAGAUCAGUGUUAGAGAAAGGUCUAACUCGUAAAUAAAUUCGUAAGACAAAGAAUCACAUAAAUAAGAUGACAGCUUUCGCUGCUCCCGUUUUGUCUAGGUAGAGUUCUGUAUAGGUUUACUUCUAGAAUUUGUGGCAAAAUCUAGGUGUUCUUUUUUUAAUUUUUAAUUGGUAAUAUACUCCAGUUAGAUGACAUUACUAAUUAAGCCAAUGUGCAAAGCUGUAAAUCUGUAUAUUUUAUUAUAGUUUACUAAACUCUUCAAAGCUCUUGGUAGAAAUAUUUACAAUUAGCUGGCUUUUUCUGGUUUCAUUCUUCUAAAGAAUAAAACUACAUCUUUUGCAAUAAUUAUAGGCGUAUACAUUCAUUGAGGUUCUGCAAAAUAAUUCAAGUCCAGCGGUAGGUAUCACAUUAGAAUAGUUAAGUCAACUCUUGCGUUAUAUAUUGAAAUACUACCGUUUUCAGCUUUUUGGGGGUCCCAGUAUAUGCUUAGGCUAUGCAAGAGUGUGUCGCUACAUUUCAAACCUGCUCGGUCCGUUGAUUAUCUGUGCAUCAGGGACUGAUGACUUUUACAGCGGCUGUAAUAACUUUGCUUUUGUUGUGGAUGCCCAGUUGCUUUGUGAAGCAGAAUAUCCAGCGACAAAAGGACGCUCAUCAUAGCUUCUUCAUGUAACAAGAUCUCUAAAAAAACUUCACUAAAAAUUGCCUGAGUUAGUGAUUUCACGUUAAAUUUGCAAGAACAGCUUUUAUUAAUGCGUUACAAUAUACGAUAAUGGCUCGAUGCUGGAUUGCCAUUUUAUAGAAGACCAUGAAGAGCUAUGAUUCCUUAUCAGUUAAAUAAUAACUUGUUAAUCCAUUGUCUGCUAGUGUUGAUGAUUUAGGACAAAAGGUUAUACAGUACAACAAUUACAUUUACACUGCUAGGCAUUUUGUCAUUUUACCCAAUAUACAGUUCCAAUACUUUUGUGAUUCCAUUUGAAAAUACUGGAACUCAUAUUAUUUCGCUCGGUUUACACAAUUCUAAUACUUGCAUAAUUUUACUUAAGAUCAUUAGGAUUAUAAGUCCGCUCAUUCGAAACUCUUUUCCAUUCUAACUUACGCUAGGCCCAUGCGAAGUAACUGCUCGUUGUUUAUCGUUAUCAAUAUAAUGCAACAGGUGGAGUAUAUACUGUUUCCCAAACUAUUUAAUGGGACCUACAGCUCCCGAGCGAGACUGUCUUACAUAAAACUGCAGCAACAGGCCACACAGAUUUCCUCUAGUCGUUUUGAAGUAUAUCCUGUUAUCGCGGUAGUACUCGGAUUUUUGUCCUGCCCAAUAGCACAUGUUCACCGAUGGAGCAGAAAAAACACACUUUGGCGGCCCUUCGUGGCUUGGCACAUGUGCGCCCUUCUAUAUACGAACGUGCUUUAGUCCAAAUUCUCUUUCCGGAAGAAAUUGUAUCAUUGGAUCACAAACAAUUUUCCGCACUUAACAUGUCUUUGAUGACAGUUAAAGAAUACUAAGCGUCCGCAAAAUUUCGGGUUGCAAUAAACGAUAGAAGAUGUGUCAAUUUGAGUAAAAAACACAUUUUAACUUUUUCGUUGUACAGCGACCGCUGCCAGUUGAUGCGCCGCAAAGUCGGCAUUGUUGUAGACGACACAGUUAAGCCGGCGGGCCGGCUCAACUUCGAACGUCGAGCCGGAUGUUGCUUACAUAACGCGGAAGUACCAUCGUUUUCUGGAGCCGGUCUGUCACUUUUCCGGCAUCGAGUCUCGGGCGAGUUGGACGAAGUCAAUUCAUGAAAAACAUAACAAAUAUCCUAAUCUCACGAUUCUUAGAAUGCUUCCCAAGCAAACAUGAGCUUCAUACUUUACUCCUCUGAACAGGACUGCUUGGCACUCACGAAUUCGCUAGACUGUAGCCUCCUUGUGGCGACAGGAGAAUUUUUUCAGCUAGUUUGUUUCCUCCGGAGGAAAACCAAUGUACUGUUUCACUCUGAAGCUUCUCGCGUCUACUCCGCACCGGUCUCAAAUCAGGCGCGUACCUCUCCCUGUAAAUGUCUAUGCGCCCCUUUGUGACCUGUUUCGGUGGCCUGUUCCGUUCUUUCGCGAGCUGCUCGCAAUUCUCAGUCGGUUGCAUUUGUAAAACAGCAUCAGGGACGGCUCCCAGUCAGCCAGCCGUUUGAGCAUGUCAUUCGUGAUUUCGACCAUAUCAUCAGUCAUUCGCUCUGCGAUAACAUAGUCGUAAGACUGUAUACCUAUAUAUAUAUAUAUAUAUGGGCCAAGUUAAAUUCUUAUGCCCACGUAAUAAUAUGGGCUAGAAUGAGAAUAUUGCUAUAGCUGGUUUAAUUUAUUGUACAUACUUAUACUUUUUUCUAAUCCUAUUAACGCCAGGAACAUCUAAAUAUCAGUAUAAUCGAAAUAAAUUCCGUCAUCUACAAAUUCAAUAUUUCAGCAGCUACUCGACUCGAUGUUCAUGUACUACUUCUGAGCUGAGCUAAGCAUACACAUCAUGCUUACAACCGUACUAAAAUGUAUCUUCUUACUUAUAGAUAUAUAUAUAUAUAUAUAUAUAUAUAUAUAUAUAUAUAAGUAAAGGAAUCACAAGUAGGCAGCAGAAGGAGUGAAGGUGAUUUAAUGAAAAUAAAGGCGAAUUCGACUUGUCAUCGUUGCUUAUUCUCGUUUGUUUGCUGUAGUCCUAAAUGGAACGUGGUGCUGCCUAGCCAGAGCUAGUUACAACAGUGGGUGGGCAGGUGCUCAUGUUAAGCACUGGCCGCCGUUCCGAUAUCAUCCCAUAAGUAUGUCGACGGUCGCUUAGACGUUGGUUGAUAGAUCAUGCGAUAGACCGCUCGUUUAUUCCCCGGCUAAUCAUUCAGUCAGCUAAUGGUGACUACCAGAAAACAAACGGAUGCUAAAUCGAACGGCGCACAGGAUUGUUCUGCUAUAAACGGAUACAGCAGUGCUAGUAGCUGUUGAUGCCGCCCCAUUUUCCACAACAACAACAUUGUCAACAAUGAACACACAACCUAGUGCUACACAACACGGUGUGAACGGAUCCUAUCAAGCUUCUAUUAACCGCCACCUUUCUCCUGCAAUUUAUCUAGCUGGGUCGGCUGUACGCGGUUUUGCCACUUCCUUAUCUUAUUCAUGAUACUGAUAUAUACCGGUACAACAGCUACUAAUUCGUGUCACAGAUUAGACUAAUAUCGAGACAAAUAGAACACAGAAGUAGCUAAAAACGUACAUCUAUAGAUUGAUAGAUAGAUGACACAAAUGAAGAAAUAGUUGCAACAAUGACAGUUUCUAGCGCCAACGUUGUCAUCACGGACGCCAUUGCGGUCGGUUUCGUUGUCCCACAGACAACAGAAGCAACAGUGUUAAUAUCCAUUGACAGAAACACACAGACAACAAACUUAUGAAAACAGACAUGCUAACCGAGCUGGUCACUCAUAAUCUUGUCUCUGAUACCUAGCUACCAUAGGUUUACUGUGAUUCUAUACCCUACGACUUCGUCUGUUUCAAAUAAGUCUGUAAUUUUCUUUAACACAUAAUACGAACAUCUCUCUGCCUGACAUCCAGCAUAUUUUGUUAAGUGAGCUAUAGCAGGAAAUAUAAUACGACUCGUCAAUAUAGCGCAAAAUGAAAACACUGAGUUUACUACACACUGGUGGUUAAGAGAGAGAUUCCUUUCAAGAAUCGGAUACUAAGUCUAUUAAACAAUCCACUUGAUUUCAAGAAUGUCCACUUGAGUUGAGUCAAGCGGACACCAGAUGGUCGGAUGCAAAAAUAUCAUUAAGUAAUUUUCUGCUUAUUUAUAGGAAGAGUUAUAACCGUUGCUGAAGAAAAUUUUAGCCUAUAAGUGUAAAACCAUCUUUCAUUUGCACUCAUUCUUAUAGACAAGUUUAUCACUCGACCGUACAGCUGGGACUUCUAACAGCGGCAUAGUCGAUUGUUGCGUAGAAAUUAGUAUUGCGUUGAAGAGGUAAACAAUAUUAUUCCAAAAACGCUGGGUAAUUUUGGGAGCAAUUUUGAAGGUUUCGAAUAAAAAAAAAUAACUAAUGUUCUAUUUACUUCUAAUAUGUUGAGAAAGCCAAUGGCUUUUUUAUCUGCUGGGAUUUAGAUAUUUAUUCCAACGUAUCCAGCAAAUAGUGUUCAGCUAAAACUCGAAUUCAAAAAAGUUGACAGUUAAACUCCCCAUCAUAUUGCAUCCGAAUCUGAGACGCAUUACUGCCUUUUUUAUACAUUAAAUAAAAGACAAUAUGGCAUUUGAAUCCGGACUCUACUUAUAAAUUCUUCCCAAAACUGAAUCUAAGAAAACAUCUUUCAAUGAUUUUUCUUACAUGUGGUAGACGCGUCAUUUUUAGCGGUAAUUUUAUUUAAUAUAAGCACCCUUUACUGAGACUGCACCUUUAAUCAGAAAUUUAAACCACUAGGUAAUAAUUUUCAAAAUACUCCUUCUUAAAUCCGUAUAUUGGUUGGUCUAAAUUGGUUCAAAUGUGCCACAUAAAAACCUCCAGCUGAUUUAGAUUUUGGACUGAUAAAACGACAAAAGUCUGGAUAACUCAGUUAGCAACUUUUUGUUCCUCAAAACGGCCAUUAAUUUUCACAUAAAAUCUUCCUCUAUCAAGAAUUGCUUUUCGAUUUUAAAGAAUUAAAUUUAAACCUUUAUGAGGAUCUUCACGUUUUCUUUUUAUUUUAUUUUUUUGUUUUUUCUUUUGAAGACGCGUGAAAGUAGGCAGUAAAAUGUAUUGCCAAUUAUGGUAAAGAAGUUUAUAUUCUGAGUGGGAACUCGUUCCGCGUGAAAAUAUUGCAUACUAACUGAUAUGCCCUCAGAUUGCGUAUAAAAUGCACUGUUUUCAGCGAUGAUAAAUUUGUUGUUUUGUUCUAAAAAGAAUUGGCUUUCUUCUAAUUAAAAAAAAAUAGCGGAUCAGCGGAAGGUCGUUAUGCCGAACAGUUGAACAAAGUUUAUCCAACUUUGAAUACCCUACCAUGUAUAUUAAAUUAAAAGGUAAGAGCUAUUGUCUAUUAUCAGCGAAAUAAAAUUUCGGAUUAACUUUUUCAUCUCUAUUUUAUAAUACCCAAAAAAAAUUAAGAAGAUAAAAAAUUCGUUCUUAACUAAGACAAGUCAACGAAAAAUGCUAAAUCUCUGAAACAUAAUCCGAUAAAAUCCUUUAAAAUACAUAACAGCUUAAGAAAUAUUGAUUUUGUUCCUGUUUACAUUUGUACCUAUAAGCUCCCAUGGACUAUUAAAUAUGAGGUCGCUACAGAUUUACUUUCUUUUUGUUAGUUACAAACUUAGACUUGCUUUAUAGCUUUUUCUACAGACAGGUCUAGUGAAGUCCCUAUUACAUUAUAAGAGAGGACCGUCUUGAGCACUUGCCUGCACCUGAAAAUGGAUCUGUCGAAAUAUCAAACGAGUGGGUCUUGUAUGUAUCCGAUCUCGCUUUUGAAGUGCACACAUGAAUCAACACGAUAUGGUUAGGAGACCCUAUUAGUUAUUUUCAGAAGGGUUUUUAUAAAACAAUUUUCAGAUGCGAGUCCAUUUUGGUAUGCUGUUAUUGUUCGCUAAAGUGGUUUUGGUAUUAAAUACCUUUUAAUAUCCAACUAUAUACGGUGUAUGAGUGUUGUAAAAUGCUCGUUGUAUAAAAUGCGAUUAGUGGAUUUUCUACGCCACUCAGUUGCACCAGUCACGCACAAUGUGAGGUGUAAUGAAUAUUUUUUCAAUGGACGAGUGGGAAUCAACGCCAUCUCUUCUGGAAUUAAUCCAGUCUACAUACAAAAUAUGCCAUUUCGCAUGGUACAGAAAACCAGAGGGCCGCGAGACGCUUUUGGCAUCUCUAAACACAGACCUAAACUCCAUGAGUCAAGUUACCUACAACGAAGUCAUCUUACUGGUUGCUACUGCCGUUGCUUUUACGAUCUUCAGAAAAAUAUUAACUAAAUGUUUACUAACGCCAAUGGCCAAGUGGUUGAAGCUAGAUGAAAACAAUGUGGUCAAGUUUCCAGAAAGUGGUUGGAAGUUCAUGAUUCAUGGGGGCCUAUGGUUGUACACGUUUUAUAUCCUGAUGCUUUCCGGUAGGCACCAAUUCUUCCAUCGACCAUCGACAGUCUGGGACGGAUGGAGCAUGGACAUGGAAAUCCAACGAGAUAUCUACGUCAUCUACGUGCUUGAAGGCGCCUACUAUCUCCACGGGUUGUACGCGUUAUUCUUCUAUGACCUGCGGCGCAAAGACCGACAGGUGAUGGUUGCCCAUCACGUGAUCUGCGUUUUUCUUUUGUGGCUCUCCUACGUACAGCGGUGCCAUAACGUCGGCAUCCUCGUUGUGUUUUUACAUGAUGUAUCUGAUAUUCUGCUCGAAUUGGUGAAAAUCUUUGUACUGCUUCGAUCUCGCCAAGGCAUAUAUUAUCGGGUCUGGGGAAUCUUAGCAUUGAUAUUCUUCGCUCUGUUAAUCAUCUCAUGGGCCCUGACUCGUUUGUAUUACUAUCCGUUCAAAGCGAUUUAUGCCACAUCAGGCAUUCUUCUGGACACAUCGAAUAUGGCUGUCCUCGGAUCAUGUUCCGUCUUCAUGAUCCUCAUGCUCUACGUGAUCUUCAUAAUGGAUCUAUAUUGGUUUGGGAUUAUAACAGCAAUACUUUAUAAAUCGCUGCGAGGGACCCUAAAAAAUGGCGUCGACGAUAUCCGCGAAGAAGACGUUGCCUAUCAAGAAGUGAAAAAGGGAAACUAAUUUUAAACACAGGCAGGAGAAGCCUCAGUAUGCGGCAGAAGAGCAAAUAAGCCAUCAUUAUUAAGUCAUUUCAAAGCAAAACUGAUUCAUUGGCGCUGGUUAAGCCGUCAGUUUCACAGACAUGGUCACACUUAAUUUUUAUAGAAGUCGCACAUGAAAAACGGAUGUUCCAAUACGCGAAAAUUCCUUAAAGUUGGCUAGCUAGCGUUGGUUCAAUUGGUCAUUUGCGUUAGUCAGCGGCUAGACAAAAGGACUAUCGAAAUAGUAAAGUUAAAGCAUGUCCUGUUCGGUUGCGAAAAAGAAUGAAAGUGAAGCUGAAUAUAAGUAGCUUAUAUAUUAAAAAUAUGAUGAAUUUUCACUUACUGACUAUACUUAAUAAUAUCUUGAAGUAUGUGGCAAGUAGUAGUUUGUCCUUUAUAGCUGAAUUUUAAGUUUGAACAUUUAGGCACAGCUUUUGACACUUACAACACUUUACGAGCCGAAGUCCAAAGUAGAAAAAUAACAAUUACUCUUAUUUAAGGAAUUAUUGAUAAGAGGGAGUCAUAUAAGUAGCAAGAGCAACGUCUCAGGGAGGCGUAUUUAAUAAGUAAAGUGCGUACAUAUGCUUAUACAUCGUAUAUACAUCGUAGAAUAUGUUGUGAAUAAAAAUUGUGCUUCAA